AUGGUCGAAUUGGUUACACCAAGUGUAGAUUAUGUGAGAACUGAAGCAUUCUUUUUUCUAACUUAUAUUUAUGGAAUAUUUGGAGCGAUUGUUUUAAUUCUUAAUUUACCAUUAGCAAUUUAUCUACUAUCAACGGUGAAUAGGAAUCAAAAAGAAUUAAUUUUAAUCAUUGCUUUAUCUGUUUCGGAUCUUUUGAGUGGUGCACAAUUUAUGACUAUGGGAAUACAUCGAUAUUUGAUAUGGUUUGAUGGUAAAUGAAAAAAUUGGAACUAAAUUUUGAAUUUUGAACAAUCCUUUUUCCCAAACUCACGAUUUUUAAAGCUGAAAUAUUUUCAGAAAUGAUUUCUAAACAAAACAAAAAAAGCACUUUCACGUCCCUAAUUUUUUCAGAAGUCCAUUUUAUUUCGAGAUUUUCAUGCGAUUCUGGAAUUAUUCUCACCUCUUAUUUAAUCUGUAUUCAGGUUCAUUUUUCCAACCAAAUUUUCAACUUUUUUAUUUUUUUCAGACAGAUAAUUUAUUCUAUCUAGUAAUUGCGUUAGAUCGUUUAUAUGCUGUGUUAUUUCCAAUUAGAUAUGGCAAAAUGGGAACUUGUUAUACUUAUUUAUUGAUUUCGAGUAAGUAGACAUGUUCAAACAUCACUAAUAAUCAUAUUUUUUUUUCUUAUGAGCUUGUGUAAUCAAACAUCACAAAACAUUAAAUUUUUUCGGGGAUAUCUACAGUAUUCAUUUGAUUAGAUACUGUAGAUUUUGGCUCUCGGUGCGGAAUUCAGAGCAUUCUGAGUCCAAAUUAACCUGGGUUACGGUAGAAUCUAUAGAAAACUGUUCCAUGAACUUUGAGAUCUAAAUUUUACAGCUCCCUUCAUUCUCGCAUUUGUCGGAUACUUGGUACAUCUACUGAUUGUUUAUAGCCAACCACCAGUUUAUAUUGAUGAAAUAUGUUUUUUUGUUGCAGUAAGAAUUUUCACUUAUGUUCAUUUAUAAAACACUUGUUUCCAGAGUUUUCUCCCAAAAUUUCUGAAUUUCUUAUCACUUCAAAGAAUGUUAUGUGUAGCAAUUCCAAUUCUUAUUUAUUUUUUUAUUUUCAUCCGACUUCGAAUGGUUUGUUUAUAAAAAAUAUAUAUUUCAAAGAGAUCCUGUUUAUCUGAAAUUUUCAGAGAUGGUCGAGACACUCGAAUUCUGUGAAAAUGGGAAAAGGCAUGAAACAUUUGACAAUGACUGUAACUUAUACAACAUUAGUUGCUGUAUUUUUAGUGUUUGCACCUGAAGCUUGGUCUUUUUUCAAACUUUUUGGUGGUUUUGAUGCCAACACUUAUUUUAUACUUAUUUUGUUCAAAGUCAGUUAGUUGAUCGUGAAAAAACCAUUUAUAUUUACUUUCAGAAAAUUGUUAGCUUUUUCAUUCACACCGUUCGACAUCGCGAAUUGAUGAAUCAUAUUGCGAAAUUUUUUUCCGAAGAAAAUAUCGGUUGUUUUUAAGAAAAUAGGAAAAGCGUCAGUUUCAAAUGCAUCACGAGGUCAAGCUAUCAAAGGAACUAUUAUGGUUAAGCAAACACCUAGAUUCUAAAUUUUGUUGGAGUAAUAAAUGUUUUUGUUUUGCAAAAAAGUCAACAGAUCAAUUUAGGUUUAAAGUUCAAGCUCAAAAAAUUAGCAACCCAUUUUGAAAUUCUAAAAAAAAGUACCCAAAUUCGUGAAGCUACAGUAAUCCACGCACUUCCCUGUGACUACUUUCAUUCCUUGAUUAUUUUUCAUCCAAGGCUUCAGAUUUUUUAUCAAAAUCAAUUCUGGAAGAAACCCUAUUUUUUCUAGUUUCGAGCUACAGUAAUCCACUUAUUUCCUAGUUAAAUUGCAAAUUUUCAUAACUCAUAAGAAUCAUAAAAACAACCUGCUCAUUCUCUUGAGAAUGAAAAAGUGCUCCUAACAUAAAAAACCAAUUUUCUACUUGUCCCUAAUAUUUAUAUUAAAUAAUAACAGAAUAAUUGUUAUUUACCAGUUAGACAAAGUUACCGCAAGAAAAACAAUGAGCUUAGUCUGCAAUAUAAUGUACACUAAUCAAACUGCUGAAGAAUUGGAUAAGCAGCGAUGCACUUCUCAAGGCAAAUUUCUAGCUCUCACUUCAUUUCUAAUGCGAUUCAACUAUAUUUUCACUUUCUCAAUUAUUUUCCUCACAAUUUUCAUGAGUUUCAAAGCUGUCAAACUUUUGAUAAAACGCAACAUUUUUUCAAAUUCCACCAGGAUUUUGCUACUUUCAAUACUAUUCAAUGCAAAUUUAUACCAAUUAAAUAUGUUUGAGAUUCGAACAAGAAGUUUUUAUCGAUCGUUUGUUUAUUCCAACGAACCUUGUCAAAUCGAAUUUCAUUCUUCCGAAUGUUUUCUCGAUCAAACUAUAUAUUCUUUUACAAAUGUUUUAUAUGCUCUUCUAAUAUUUUGUCUCACAAUCGAUCGAUUUAUUUCAUUACAAUUUUCAAAAUUCUAUGAAAAAAUCAAUGAAAGCUUGGCUAUUUUUUGUGUUCUUCUUUCGGUGAGCUUUUCAAUUUGUUUUUUUUUUGAAAUUUCAAAUUUUCUUGAAGAUCAUCACUGCAAUUUUGAUAAAUAUCUGGCAAUUUUCUGAUAUUCCACUAGUCGGAUAUGUUCCCCAAUGUUUCUAUUCUCCUCAAUUGGGUCUCAAUCGUUUCGAUGAUAUUAAUAAUUACACAAUUAUCUUUAUUAUGUUCAAUUUAUUUAUAACUUUAUCAAUUCUUUGUGGGAAUUUAAGAAAAGAUAGAUUGUGGGUUUCAGAAAAAGUGAAAUCGAAAAAAAAGAGAGGGAUUUUCAGAAUUCGAACAACCUCAUUUGACACAAAAAGCAAAUAUCAAUCAUUCGAAAGUUUGCAAACAACCAAAUCAAUUUGUACCAUGAUAUUCACACAGUUUUUAUUUUUGAGUUUACUCUCAAUCUCAGGUAAAUCAUAUUUUUACUACUUAAUUUUCUUUACUUUUCUUAGCUUCUCUGAUCCGACACUUCGAAUCUUCAAUGUCCGAACAAACAUUUCACGAAUUUGUUCCUUUUAUAAUUGGAGUUGUUUAUGGAAAUCUAUCGAUUCCAUGUUUGAUUAUAUACAAAACAAAUCAAGUUAUCGAAAAUCGUCGAAAAUCAAUUGGAUCAAUGACAACAACUUCACAUAAUGUCGAUUCGCAUAUGCAUAGUUUGAAAUCGAUGUGGGCAUGA